GCUGAGUCAGGAAAGGCUCCAGAACAGAGACUGCCUCCCUUCUCCCGGGCAGCUUGCACCUCAGACGGGCAUUGAGAGGCGCGGUUUCUGCUUAAAUCGCGAUUAAUAUCUCCAGGGGCCGUUCCACUUUCCGUCUUCCAAGGGCCGGGCGGUUUUCCAAACGAAUUAUUUCCUACUCCAGGGACCAGACAUCAAUAUACCCAUCUCCUUGUGAAUGGGAGUAUAGCUGUAAUUUGAACCCGAGGCACUUUACAGGAAGUGCAUUAAGAAGACUGAAGCCAGACCUUCCCCAGGGUCCAGUCAUGGAAGAGCUCAUAUGGGAACAGUACACAGUGACCUUACAAAAGGACUCAAAGCGAGGAUUUGGUAUUGCAGUUUCUGGUGGCAGAGACAACCCUCAUUUUGAAAAUGGUGAAACAUCUAUCGUUGUCUCUGAUGUCCUUGCAGGUGGCCCAGCUGAUGGAUUACUUCAAGAGAAUGACAGAGUUAUUAUGGUUAAUGGCACACCCAUGGAAAAUGUGGCCCAUGCAUUUGCUGUGCAGCAACUAAGAAAAAGUGGGAAAGCUGCUGUCAUUGUUGUGAAAAGACCACGUAAGGUACAAGUCCCCGUAGUUCAACGAAGCCCAUCCCUUGACUACGACUACAGAGCUUUCGAAGCCUUGGAUGACCGUGCAGAAUUUGACGGUCGAAGCACACGAAGUGGCUACAGUGAGAGGAGUUGGCACAGUGGAAAUGCAGGCCGUAGCCAGAGCUGGGGAGACAACCUUGACAGGGGCUACAGAAUGGCCCCCAAUAAAGGGCGCAACAACAGCAGAGAACGCAGCGCCAGUCGGGAUCGAAUUCGGGGCCGUAGCAUGGAUAGAAGCUUGGACCGUGAAUACCAACGGCCCCGAAGCAGAGGGCGGAGCGUUGAUCGAUAUGAUACCUAUGACUAUGGGUAUGAUGGAGGCAAGAGUCUACCAAGAGAUUAUGACUGGCAAUCUCGUCCUGACCCUCAGCGUGGGAGGGAAACAAAGAGUGGUAGCAAAGAUAGGCUGAGUACCCACAGUCCCGCCUCUGACCCAUACGACCAUAGAACACAGGAAGAGCCUGUUAGUAUUCUUCUCACAAAAAGCAAAUCAAAUGAAGAAUAUGGCCUGCGGCUUGGAAGUCAGAUUUUUAUCAAAGAAAUGACUAGUACUGGCCUGGCAACAAAGGAUGGCAAUUUGCAUGAAGGGGACAUCAUUCUCAAAAUCAAUGGUACAGUGACGGAGAAUAUGUCCUUAUCAGAUGCUAGAAAACUGAUUGAAAAAUCAAGAGGAAAACUUCAGUUGGUUGUUAUGAGAGACAAAAGACAAACUCUAAUUAAUAUUCCUACCAUGCAGGACAGCGAGUCAGAAAUGGAAGAUAUUUCAGAAAUAGAGUCAAACCGAUCUUGCUCACCUCAGGAUGACAGAAGACUGCCUCACUCUGACGUGGAGUGCCAUUCUUCAAAUGAAAAGCUAAAGGAAAAAUUGAGUGCAAAAGAUGAGCCAAACAAUAGACUUUCCAAGAUGGGAGCAAUGCCCACCCCUUUUCGAUCCACUGUGGAUUCCACAGCUGUUUUAAUACCACAGACAAGUAGUCAAGUGAAGUACCAAGAUGAUCCGCCAGUUGUACAUUCAAAACCAGCUACAAGAAUAUUUCUUCAGCCAACUCCUGAGGACCAAGCAAUAUAUGGUCCUGACACAAAAAUGGUGCAAUUCAGGAAAGGAGAAAGUGUGGGUCUCCGGUUGGCUGGUGGGAAUGAUGUAGGAAUAUUUGUUGCGGGAAUUCAAGAAGGGACCUCAGCAGAACAGGAAGGCCUACAGGAGGGAGAUCAGAUUCUUAAGGUAAACAGUCAAGACUUCAGAGGUAUUAUCCGAGAGGAUGCUGUUCUACACCUAUUAGAAAUUCCUAAAGGUGAUAUUGUGACAAUUUUGGCUCAGAGCAAAUAUGAUGUUUAUAGAGACAUAAUGGCUUGUGGUAGAGGGGAUUCUUUCUUCAUAAGGACCCACUUUGAAUGUGAAAAAGAAACUCCACAUAGCCUGGCUUUCAGCAGGGGCGAUGUCUUUCGAGUGGUUGAUACACUAUAUGAUGGGAAGCUGGGCCAUUGGUUGGCAGUGAGAAUUGACAGUGAAUUAGAAAAAGGGUUGAUUCCGAAUAAAAGCAGGGCUGAACAGUUGGCCAGUGUUCAAAAUGCUCAGAGAGAUGGUUCCAGUGAUAGGGCUGACUUCUGGCGGAUGCGUGGCCAGCGGUCAGGAAUGAAAAAGAAUCUGAAGAAGAGUCGAGAAGAUCUAACAACAAUCGCAUCAGUUGGCACAAAAUUUCCAGCCUAUGAAAGGGUUAUGCUCAGGGAAGCUGGUUUUAGGCGACCAGUGGUGAUAUUUGGUCCCAUUGCAGACAUCGCGAUGGAGAAGUUGCAUAAUGAGUUGCCAGGGCUAUAUCAGCCUGCCAGUGAGUGACUUCAUGCUUGUUAUUAAUUGAACAACAAAAAUAAUACAUCAGAUAAUUAUAAAGUGAUGGCAAUGAAACAGAUGAAUAAAAAAAAUGUCUUAAACUAUCUCUUACCCCAAAUACUUUAAGAAUGUACAGUUUCAAAGAACUUCUUGGAACUCGGCUAUGAAAUUGGUAAAAAAUAGCGUGGGAAGUUAAAA